AUGUCCAAGUUCCUAGGCCCCGAGAGACGGAGGCCUGAUAGUACUCUCCUUGAUGAAAUUGAUAAGGUUCCCUUGUUUAUGUCAAGAUUGCCGGAAGAAGAGAACGAUUCUCUUGCGGCUCUGCAAUCUUUGUUAUUUGAUGGUCCACCUGAAGAAAUUGCCGAAAAUUUCAAGAGACAAGGAAAUGAAUGUUUUAAAGAGGGUCGAACGAAAUAUCAAGAUGCGAUUUCUUUUUACACCAAGGCGUUGGAAACCAAUUGCUCAGACAAUAAAAUUAUCGAAGCUUGCCUGGCGAACCGGGCAGCGGUAAACCUGGAAUUAGGAAAUUUUCGUAAAGUUCUUACAGAUUGUGCCAAAGUGAUCAACUUAAAUUCCACGAAUGUUAAAGCAUUCUACCGAUCCGCAAAAGCUUUAUGCGAACUUGACAAGAUGGAAGAAGCACUCGAUUGCUGUGAUCACGGAUUGAAGGUUGAACCAAAUAAUGUAGCUUUACGUCAACUUAAAGAAACUUGUGUUAAAAAGAAGGAAUUGUUGGCAUUGAAGGCACGUAACAUUGUCAUGGUGACAACGAAUGACGCCCCGACAUCACCGCACUCGGUGCAUCUGAAUUCUGAAAAUCAACUUGUUUGGCCUGUGAUGUUUUUAUAUCCCGAGUACAAGGAAUCAGAUUUCAUCGCUGAGUUCAAUGAAGAAAACACGUUUCAAGAUCACCUCGACGUCAUGUUCGAAAAUCCCGCACCUUGGGACGCUUCACACAGGUAUAGGCCCGACAACGUUCAAGUUUAUCACGAGUACAUUUUGACGACGGGUAAUGAGGUCAAACCGAAAUUACUGAAAAUUGGUAACAAUUGCACUUUGAAAGAAGUAUUGUCCCAUCCAAGAUGUGUCAUUAAAAAUGGGAUUCCCGGUUUUAUUAUUUUAUCGGGUAAAGGUAAAUUUAGUGAUGAUUUUCUGUCAGGUUAUAAAUGA